AUGAAGUCAAUUGACGGUCAUCAACUCAUAACCAUUAUACCUAGGUUAUAAUAGAACAAUAAAAAGUCACUCACGCAGCAACCAGCUCUUAUUCUAAGAACCUCACCCUCGUAAUGGCGGAGAAGAAAGAUCAUUGGUCCACCGAGGCGUAUCAACACUCAGCAUCCUUCGUGCCGAAACUCGCCACAAAGAUCUUACAGUGGCUCGAUCCACAGAAGGACGAUGUGAUCCUAGAUAUCGGUUGUGGUGACGGCGUAGUCAACAUCCAGCUGCAAGACAUCCUGGCCCAGGGUAACGGCAGCAUUCACGGCACAGAUUCAUCGCCGGCUAUGAUCGAGGCAGCGACACAAGCAGCUAGCAAGGCCGGUGCAUCGAAAUGUACCUUCGAGGUCGUCGACGCCCUCGAACUAGCGCAAGCAUCGCAUCUACAGCGCGGGCACUUCACCAAGAUCUUCUCCAACGCAGCACUCCACUGGGUCUUUGGGUCCUCCAGAGGCGACGAAGAGCGCCAAGCAUCCGUAUUCCGCGCGGCACGAGACGCCCUCGCGCCCGGCGGCAUCUUCGCGUUCGAGAUGGGCGGCCUAGGCAACGUAGCCGAGAUGCGGACCGCGCUGCUAGGAGCCGUAACGCGACGCGUCGGGCUGGCUAAGGCGAUCGAGCACGACCCGUGGUUCUUCCCCGACGAGGCGUGGGCCACGGAUAUGCUGGAGAAGAAAGUCGGGGGGUGGAAGGUCGAGAGGGCGGAGCGCGAGUAUCGUCCUACGCGGGCUGAUGCGGGUGGCGUGGAGGGGUGGGUGAGGUUAUUCGGGGCGCAGUUUUUUGAGGCGUUGAGCGAGGGGGAGGAGAGGGAGGAGUGUAUUAAAGAGGUAGUAGAUGUUUUGGAGUUUGUGUGUAAGAAUCCGAGUGGUGGGUUUCAUCUGGGGUAUGUGAGGUUGAGGGUUUUGGCGAGGAAGCUGUGAAUAUGCGGUUUCUUCUAUAUCCUGUAGAUAUUCAUGGCAAGGGAAUCGUAUGCUGUCUGAUAGUAUCUAUUGCAGACAUGAGAAGAAAGAAGAGGGAUAUGAGGUGAGGUGAAUAUAACUUCACGACCUUGACAUAUCAAACCGCCUUCAUUUCAUCGAAAGCGUUAACCUAGGCAACUAGAAAGAGACAUCAAAAAGUGUUGGCUCAUCGACUUGUAUAAAUGAAACGGCAAAGGCAUCGUUGUAAAUGACUUAUAUUACAAACAACUUAACAUGACCGCUUCAUUCUCAUAGUAAACACAUGUAUAUGAGUUAACGAACGCUCA